ACAGGCACCCACACCCUGCUGUAAAUGCUGAUGUCAGUAGGCAGCUCGUCGCCUGAACGUCAGCUCCCGCCUGUCUUGGUCGUGUGUCUAGCACCAGCUCUUAUUUGUGGGGAUGAUUUUAUUCCGUCCACGUGUCUUGGCAAAAAGGUUUUCAUGACCUAUGUGCUUACAUCAAAUUUGCAAAAUGUCACAUGCAUUCUCGGUCAUUAACCAUUUUUAUUUAUUUAUUUAUUUAUUUUUUUGUGGAAGGCGCAUUAAUCUUACAAACACCUGAUUCCUUCUGUAUAUAUGGUUGCAGCUGAUUUGUAGGUCACAUUAACUAAAACAAUUUAAAAAACAAAACAAAAAACAAUAUGGAACAGAGUAAUCUACUGACCCCAGCUCAAUAUCUCAAACAGCAUGAUAUCCAAGGCAGUUGUCAGGGGCAACGUGCAGUAGUAAAUUAAAUGUUGUUUUUCAGUUCUAGAACGUCUGCGUUAUGCAAACUAGGAGCUUACAGAGAGACAUUAAACGUAGCACGAAUAGCAGUCAGCAGCCAGUAGGCAGCGGCAACCCCGCCCCCGCCCCCUCGGAGAAACAAUGCCGAUUUUUUUUUUUAUUUUUUUUUUUUAUCCUUUCUUCCCCAGUGAUUCGUCACCUUCAGCGGAGCCGCGAUGCUCAAGAUCAUGUAGAAGUCGACUAUUUCGUUUUUAGUCCUCAUUUUCUUUUUUUUUCUUUUCGUUUUUUUGUACCUUUACCGGAUAACCUGCAAACUGUGAAACCUCUCCCCCCGCUGGAGUUCCAUUCAUCUGGUCGCCCGUAUCGCCGCAUCGCAGUAUUGCUGUUUGAACUUUUCUGAAAAUUACUAAGCAACUCGCUCGUCGUCGAUACCCAAAGGCGUCCCUGGCAUAUCUGGCCCGACAACACUUUCACCAUGAGUGAACAGAGUAUCUGCCAGGCACGAGCUGCUGUCAUGGUGUACGAUGAUGCCAACAAGAAGUGGGUCCCAGCUGGUGGCUCCACAGGCUUUAGCAGAGUCCACAUUUACCACCACACGGGCAACAACGCCUUCCGUGUAGUGGGACGCAAGAUCCAGGAUCAUCAGGUGGUGAUAAACUGUGCCAUUCCCAAAGGGCUGAAGUACAACCAGGCCACGCAGACCUUUCACCAAUGGCGCGACGCUCGACAGGUCUACGGUCUUAAUUUCGGCAGCAAAGAGGAUGCCAAUGUAUUUGCCAGUGCCAUGAUGCAUGCACUGGAGGUGCUCAACUCCCAGGACACAGGCCCCACAUUGCCCAGACAGGGGCCUCAGAAUGGACCCACACCAGAGGAAAUAGACUUGCAGAGAAGGCAGCUUCAGGAGCUGCAGAGACAGAAGGAGAUGGAGCGGGAGCGCCAGGAGAGAGAACGUCAGGAACAGGAGCGCCUGGAGCGAGAGAUGUUAGAGAGGCAGGAGUGCGAACGUCAAGAACAAGAGCGUCAGGAGAGAGAGGCACAGAUGGACAGGGAGCGACGGGAUCAGGAGUACCAGGAGCAGCAGGAGCAUGCUGAGCGUGAGCUGAUGGAAAGGGAGCAGGCAGAAAGAGAGCAGCUGGAGAGGGAACAGCAGGAGCAGUUAGACAGAGAGCAGCAGGACUGGGAGAGAGGGAGACGUGUCUCCAAUGCUGCCUUUGAAAGUGCGCUAUACACUCCCACGCCUCAGGAGUACGGCAAGACAUCCUCACAACCUGUAUCUCCAGCCACACCCACUUACCCAGCUCCUGGGAUGCCAUCACCCUCCUCCACAACACCACCAACCCCACCACUCAGGCACUCAGCCUCCCGAUUUGCCACCUCCCUUAGUUCUGCCUUCCACCCUGUCCUGCCUCACUACGCCACCGUUCCGAGGCGACAACAGGCCUUUCCUCAAGCUCCGCCCCCUGCUCCAGCCUCCUCCCCAGUUCCUCCCCCUCCACCCAAGUCUGUAGUGUUGUCCACUUGCAACUUUACUCCGUUGCCCCCCUCACCCCCUGUAAUGAUAAGCAGUCCCCCAGGGAAGGCCACAGGUCCACGGCCCCUCAUCCCCAUUGCUGCACCUUCCCCGCUCACCCAAAAGCCUCCGUCGCCGUCCCUCAACGGGCCGCCCAUGUUCCCUGCACCAUCUCCUGUGACCAUCCCACACAGCCACAUCCCUCUCGGAAUUGCUUGCCCAACACCACCUCCACCACCAACCCCUCCUCCUCUUCCCUCCCCCAUAGCUCCCCCUGCGUCUUCCCCCUCCGUCUCAUAUCCCCCCUCCUCAUCCCAGGCUCCCGGUGUGCCCUCUCCCUUCACAGUGCCCCCUGCUGCUGCAGCCGCUGCCACCUCUGCCUCUGCUGAGCACCUCUCCCUUCCUGUGGGCCUGAGCCUGUCGGGGCAGGGGAAGCCGGACACAGCUGCAGGCCCAGAGCCCCAGUCGGCUCAAGGGGGCUCCUUCUUUCAGCCCCAGGCAGAGGUGGUACAAACCCCAGGGUUGAUGACCCCUGCCCCUCCCCCUCCUCCACCUCUGCCACCCAGCUCCACUGUGGCCUCCACAGCUGCCACUCCAGCCAUCACCCCCACUACCCCAACAACCCACCCUCCCCCACCCCCACCUCCCCCCCUUCCUCCUAUACUGGCACCAGGAGGGACCCCCCCUCCUCCGCCAGGUCCACCUCCUCCACCUGGAGCCCCACUACCACCACCCGCACCCCCCCUUCCUGCUGGACUGUUCUCUUCUGCAGAGGACCGUCCUGUCUCAGGCCUGGCCGCUGCCCUCGCUGGAGCCAAGCUGCGCAAAGUGUCAAGGAGUGAUGAUGCAGGGGCAGCUCUGGUAGCUGCCAUGUCGGGGGCUGUAGGGGCCAAAUCUGAGGCCAGAGGCAAUGGGCCUCUUCCUGGAGGAGGGCUUAUGGAGGAAAUGAGUGCCCUAUUGGCCAGGAGAAGAAGAAUUGCAGAGAAGGGCUCGUCACCAGAACCUGAACAGAGAUCAGAGGAGGGUGAAAUAAACACAACCCCUAAAAUGUCGGCUUGUAGCACACCAGACAUGCCCAGGAAACCAUGGGAAAGAACAAACACCAUGAACGGUAGCAAGUCUCCAGUCAUUGGAAGACAAGAGUCUCCGUGGAGAAAUCCCAUGGCAGCAGAUUCUUCCAGCAGACCUAAAUCCACUCCUACACCUAAUGCAUCCUUAAGUGCCAAUGGUGUGCCAACAGAAGCUGUUGACUAUGACAGAUUGAAACAGGACAUUCUGGAUGAGAUGCGGAAGGAGCUGUCAAAACUUAAAGAAGAGCUUAUUGAUGCAAUCAGGGAGGAGCUGGGCAGAUCCAGCACGGCGUAGAGGAUCCAGGCUCAUUUAAGACAUAAUAAUAACAGUGGAAUACAGAAAAGAACACAACUGUGGGGACAGCAAUUAAGACAACAAUCAUAAUAAUUCAUGGAGAGGACAUUAUUUAUGGUGAAGCAGUGUACGAUGGCACAGCAGUGGACAGCUCGUGGUGGGGGAAUUGGAACUCUUGAUAGCUGUGACUCUGCAAAGCCUCUUCUGACUCCUCUUACCCCUGCCUCACCUCCCCUUCCCGCUGAGGACAGCGCAUCCUGGAGGACUGUAUGCAGUCCAACAGAGAAGCGUAUGUCUUUAUGCAAAGAUGAUUUCUCUCUCUUUGUACUAUAAUGACAUGAAAAGAUGCUCAAAAGCAUUGAUGAUACUAAACAUUAGUGCAUACAAAGCAACAUUGACACUAAGACUUAGAACUCCUGUGAUUUCCUAUGAAAAAGUACAUUUUAUUAAGAUAGUUUGAAGACAGGAAGAAGUUAAGGGUGGAAAAUGUAACCUUUUUUCCCAUAAUGCCAUAGGGGUAGCGUGACAAGAGUGUGUAUGUAUGUUUGUGAGUGUGUAUGAGGGACUGACUCUCUGGUCAGGUCCACCACUGCAGGACACUGUAAAGCUCGUCUUCCUCAAAUGCUAUUUUAACCUGAAUAUGUACAAAAAACAGAAAAAGUUAUUUAGAAAAAAAUCUAUCAACCAUGUCUGUUUCAAUGUAGAUUUAUGGCCAUAUCAAGUAGCUCAAUAAUCCAGUCUUUACACAGGACAGUGUGUUCUUUGUCUCCCUGUGUGUGAAAUCAGAAGUGUUGUUUUCCUCCUUGAGUGAGCGUUUGGUGGAAACUGUUAUUUCUUUGUUCAUACUGUUAAGACGCAAGUACAUGACACACGAGUAGAUGAGGGUGGCUAAAGAUCAGACUAUGGUCACUGUAGCUCUGUACCAAACUUUGUCAACAAAAAGUGCUGAUUUACCUAUACCUGUCAUGCUAGUUGACCAUGGCCAGAUGUGUAGAUAGAACCUUUACUUCCUGUUUUGAUUUGAAGAUUCUCUCCCCCACCCUUCCCUCUCAGUCUCCAUCAUAUUUAGGUACACGGUUCGGUGCAUGUACUAUUUUGUUCUGUGCUGCGAAGGUCACAAGUCUGCCACGAAAUUGCAUUAACUAUUACAAGUUUUAUUAAAAGCAAUAAGUGUAGCAUUUAUUUUAAAACCCACCUGCCUCCGUCCUAACACCAUCAAAUAUUUUCACUGUGUCCCCUGUUAGACAGUGUUACCAUUUGUCACCGUGCCACCUCUUAUCAAGUUUGUGGCAGAAUUUUCUGUAAAACCGAAGGUUGAUGUGAACAGAGCAACACUGUAAGACAUGAUUUUAUAGUGUUACACAAUUUCUAACUUGCAGUUCUUUCUUUUUUCUUUUUGAUUUUUUUCUAUAAAUCCAAGGAUACUGUACCAUUGGUGCUGGGAUUUCUUUAUCAUUGAUUUUUAUUUAACCACAUUUAUAAAAUAAAACUUUUGAAAGGUGCUGAGAUGGUGUCCAUGUGAGGACAGGAAUGUGCCAUUUACUCUUUCAAAGUGCUUACUGAUGACAUGUUUGUUUCAUCUUUUUCUUUGCCUUUUUUCUCCUGCUUCUGUCAAAAUCUUGCGAUGAGAAACUGUAUUUUUCUGUCACAUUAUUCAACAAAAAAAGCCUUUGUUUUCUUCAGAGGUGAGUUUGUUACAGCCAAUUUGAGAAGGAUAUGAUAGGAUCUGAGACCUUAUGUCUAUAUACUGUAACUACAUCUUACAGGUCAAGGUAAAAGUCUGUGUUACAGUUCUGUUCUCUUGUUGUCUGAAUAAGAUCCUGAGGAGGGGCUGUUUCACAAAUGCAAACCUUAUGACUGUCCUACCAGUCACCCACAGUGCCGUCUGCUGGGGAAGCUUCUGACUCUCCAGAGGAUUCUAGGGGGAUGGACAAGGUGCAAAGGGAUGCUUUGUGAAUUACCCCUGGUAAUUCCAGUACCAGUGGUGUAACGGAGCAGUCUGUGAUAUUAAGAAGCAAUACAAUGUGCAAACUAAUAAUAGUUCACUAUUAAUGCCACUGCUUUAGCUACCUGCCUCAUACACCUCAAUACUUUUUAAACUAAAUGCUCCAAUCUCAAAGCUCUUCCAGAACUACUGAAAACAUCAGCUGUCAAAAUGAGGAACAGCACUCACUCUUCAUGUCUAUGUAGUCAUAUAUAACUACUGGACAAUUAGUAGAAGCGGUAUCAUCAUGCACAAAUAAAAACCCGGUAUCCAUGCCUGUUCAUCAGUGGUUGUGAGAACAACUCCUUUGGAUCUCAUUCUAUACAACUUUGUUCAAGGGCUUUGAUGUUGGCGGCUUUACUCCACAUAAUGAGAAAUGACACACAGAAAAUAGGAUUUCCCCUCAGUCUUUCUCGAUAUUGGGUAGUAACACUGCAAUCUAAACAACUGAGAAUGUGGUUCUUCUGGUUAGAUGUUAUAAUCUUUUGAUUUUAUUGUGGACAUUUUUUGGCAUAGUGGUCACAGUGCACGUUUAAAUCUUUGUUAAUGAAGCUGUUUCAACUUCUCGUCCACCUUCUAGGAACACCCAGCCAAGAAUGUUCCUUGUAUUGAGUGUUUGUACAACAUCAAUUGCAGCAUCAGUUACACAAAAAAAAAAAAAAAAAAAAAAAAAAACCCACAGCGCAGUCCAGCACACUUGACAGCAGUGAAAGAGUAGCCAUUUCCUGCUAGACAUAAUUGCUCUCAACAAAGUCAUCUGUCUUAUUUUUGAUCCAGAAAGGGAUGGCAGGUGAAAUGUUGUGAUCAAGAAAAUCAAUCUCCUUGUGAAGCUAUGUGGUUUGUGCCUUGUUUUGAAGUUGCAUUUAACACUUAAAAGUUUUAAAGUUGACUAGUAAUAAUAAUAUCUAGGGACUGUCAUCAUGAUCACAUGCAGCUGUUAAAAGUUUAUCUUUCUUUUUUCCCAUCAUGGUUAUGUUGAUUUGAAGGGAGAGUUGAAUGAUCUUGGGACCUUUUUGUACAUUAAUGUGGUUUAUUACCAGAUGACUAUAAAGUUGCUUCUUUUAUGGCUCAAAAGUACAAUCAAACUUCAUCACAUGAGGCCUGUUAGAGUUCAAAUGUAAUCUUAAGUCUGAGAUGAUUUUUCUAAACCAAAAGCCCUGUAUGGACAGCCAGAUGAGUCUAGCUGUCCUAGUGUUCUGUGUUCCCUUAUGUCAUUUAAAUUUCACAGACUGUCUGUGUUCAUCAGCUCUCUUUACAUACAUUGAAAAUCAUUCAGAAAAAGCUGUGCAGUCCACUGCGUUAAGGUCUGCUCCAUGUUGGAAAUGUGUAUCUUUGUCUGUAAAAAAUGUUUUCUGCUGAGGAAAGAAGUUAUGAAUUUGCAGGAAUAAUUGCGGAUACGACUUUGACUGAAGUAAGUUUCAUAGAAGGGUUUCCAGACUUAUUCUUUCAUCAUCUGACUUGUAUCAUUUUGUUCUUGUGUUAAGUCAUUUCUUACAUGCUAACAAAUUGUUUUGUUUGGGCAAAAUAAAUAAAAAUUGCAAUAUAA